UUCGCUUUACUGCCAUCAAAGAAUAGUAGGCCAAAUACCAAUUUAGGUUAACAUUUAGUUUUUUUAACAUGCUAGCUGUGCCCCUGCCAUUGCAGAACAAUUUCAAGCUGGGUGUGAAAGGACCACUGUCUUAGGUGCCUCAAACAUUAACAGACACUCGGAUAUCAUCCAAGUCGGCGUUAGAACGGCAAGUCUAUCAUAUUUUCGGUUUUCUCUGUUUCAUGUUAGGCCUUCUUCAUUCUUUUCGGACUCUUUAAAAUACAAGACAUUUGGAUUGUGUUGGUAGCGAGGGGUGGGCUGAAUAGUUGCCAGCACAGAGGAGCAUCGUAAGUUGAGGUUUAUCGCGGUAGUAAAUCGAGUCAUCAUCAUGGCGAAUGAAACAAGAAAACAGAGGGCUGGAAGCGUCAAGAAGAUGCUAAGUAGCAUUGCCAACAUCAAGACGUACAGCUUAGACAAGUUGGAUCAUCCUAGUCCGGCGGUCUAUUGCCCAGGCGAUGUGUUAACUGUCCAUGUUAUCCGUGGAAGGAAGAUUACUCAUGGUUACUUAGACUAUGUUGACACGCCAGACCCGUUCCUCAAGCUGCUACUCCCCACAGCGGCCAUACCAUGCAGACGGACCCGACAUGUCGAUAACUGCACCGACCCGACCUGGGACGAACAAUUCACCUUCUUCAUUGACUCGAAUGAGAAAAACGUCCUUGACAUCUCUUUAAUGGACGCCAACUAUCUCGGCUUGCACCAAACAGUCGAUAAAAUUCAAUUCGACAUCAAGGAGCUCAGCAUGGAUCAGAAAUUCGAGAAAACUUUCACUUUAAAUAAUGGCAGUGAAAUUGAUAUGGCGUUUACCUUAAGCUCUGAUACGGCUCCACCGGACUUGCGAUUUUCUCUGUUCUUGUGCGAACAAGAAGAGCAGUUUCUCCGCACAAGACGGAAGGUCGUGUUUAAAAACAUGCAGAUGAUGUUCGGGAUAGACGGACCAAGGGCAGAGGAUGAGGUUCCUAAAGUGAGCAUCAUCGGCUCGGGAGGGGGUUUCCGGGCGAUGGUCGGCCUGGCAGGUGUCUUCAAGGCCUUGGCCGACAACAAUAUCAUCGACGUAGCAACCUACAUUGGCGCUCUCUCGGGAUCCUCUUGGUACUUGUCUACCCUUUAUUCCGAGCCGAACUUCCCCGACACACUAAGCCCAAGCGAUCCAGCCUGGCUUCAAAACUUCAAGGAGAAGAUAGACCAGAGCCUGCUGUGGCUGCUGACUCCUACCCAACUCCUCAAGUACGCGGGGUACCUCAAGGAGAAAUCGGGUAGAGGGCAGCCUGUUACCUUCACUGACAUAUUUGGAUUGCUGGUUGGAGAAACAUUGAUCCAAGAUCGCAUGGACAAAUGCCUCUCAGAUCAGCGCAAUAUCGUAGACAACGGCAGUGUGCCUAUGCCACUCUAUGAGGGACUCCACGUGAAGAAAGAUGUCUCAGCAAGCAUCUUCGGCGAGCAUGUUGAGAUGAAUCCGUAUGAAGUUGGAAUGGAGUCCUAUGGAGUCUACAUGGACACCACUCUUUUCGGUAGUGCUUUUUUUGGUGGUAAACUUGUCAAGAAGUUUCCCGAGGCAAAAUUGCAUUAUUUGCAAGGUAUUCUUGGUAGUGCCUUCACCAUUUUGUUCAAGAAACUGAAAGAAAAAGACGACCCUAACUCGAAACUGUAUGUGAUUGAAAGCAAGAUCAGGGAGGAAAUGCAUAAACGCAUGGAAGAGGAAUAUAAAAACGAAGAAGCGGCCGAACCUGAACCUGACUAUAAUGAACCGGAAAACACUGACGAUACUUGGACAGGUUGGAUCAGUGGAUUCCUAAAUACGUCCGAAUAUUUCAACAACCGUGGUGGCCGUGCUGCCCUCAUUCACAGCUUCCUCAAGAAUAUCAAGUUCGAUGCUGAUGCCGCCAUCAACAGAUCGAUAGAGACUGGAGUAAGCCACCUGAAGAAGCUGUUCCUAGUUGACGCGGGCCUCAGCUUCAACUCUCCCUUCCCCAUGGUGCUGAGAGAACACAGGAAUGUAGACCUCAUUCUCUCAUUCGAUUUCUCGGCCAGAGAGAGUUAUGAUGCUCCACCAUUCAGUGAGCUGCUGCUGGCCGAAAUGUGGGCGAGAGAUCACAAUAAACCAUUCCCACCGAUCGACCUGAGCGUCUUUGAGAAGUACGGUCAACAGGAGCUGUACGUGUUCGAACACCCGACCGACCUGGACUGCCCUAUCGUGCUUCAUUUCCCUCUGGUGAACAAAGCGUUCAGGGAGUUCAAGAGCCCAGGCGUGCAACGCGAGACUGAAGAGGAACGAGAAUUCGCGAACUUUGAUCUUUUUGUCGAUGAUUCUCCGUACAGCACAUUUAACUUCAACUAUCCACACGAAGCAUUCGACAGGCUAGUCAAGUUGAUGGAAUUCAACACUCUCUACAAAAUGCCGGAGAUCAAGGAAGCCAUUUUGAGGCGGAUAAACUUGAAGAGAGGGGUUAACACUCCCAUGUCGCCCGCGGUUUAUGAGAACGUCGAAUGAGGCCAUGAAACUCAGGUGGCGCCAGUUGUGACUGAAACAUUCAAUGCAAUAACGCAUGUUCCGUGCUAUAUACUCUAACUUUCACAACAAAGUUUAAAUAUUUCUUAUCCGGUUACGCAUGUCCAUUAAUAAGUAACCAAUGUAACGAAGCUAAAACCAAGGUAUACUUGUUCAUGUGCAUGUGUUCUGGCGAUGUAACUCGUGGCAGAAGACGGUAUUUACGAAAGCCCAGAAGGCUCAUUCGAACGCAAGAAUCUGCUAAUAAAAAAUGGCAGUGAUAAAGAGAGCGGAAGUUGAUCUGAUCGGCAGACUAUUAGUGUGUUAUAAAACGGCUUUUCAUUGGUCAAUAUAAUUGUGUUGUAAAACGGCUUGUCAUUGGUCAAUAUAAAGUUGUCGAAGUCAAUUUUGUCGUAGUCUUUGUUGAAGUGAGAUUUGUCGAAGAGAGUUUUGUCGAAGUCAAUUUUGUCGAAGUCUUUGUUUAAGUGAGUUUUGUCGAAGUGAGUUUUGUCGAAUGAGCCUUCUGGGCUUUUGUAGGUAUUAAUAGUUCCAAUAAAACAAACAAGUAAUAAACAACUGACCUGAUUUGACUCUUGGUCGAUUUCCUGGCCCUGUAACUGGCUAUAUAUCAUGAUAGUCCUACAUAUCCUCGUGCCUCCAGGUUGUAGCUUGGUUCAAGAUUUUGGAUUAUAUAUAGAUAUGACGCGUAAUUGUCGAAAUCAACUUCCAUAAUCCCUCCUGGGUUUCAAACAUAUAAGGGUCCAAUUGGUGGAACGAACGACGAAUUUAUAUUUACACAAUAGACGACACGACAUGCGCACGAGAUCACACAACCCCGAUAAGAUAAGGUGGUGUCAAAGCGGCUUGACGAUCACUUAAAUGUUAACAACCUACGUGAACCCUUUCAGAGUGCCUAUACGCCUUGCCAUUCCACAGAAACUGCUCUCCUCCGCGUUCAGUCAGACAUCCUCACUGCCCUUGAUAGGGGGGAUGUUGCUUUACAAGUCAUGUUGGACUAAUCGGCUGCGUUUGAUACCAUUGAUCAUAACAUACUAGCUGAGCGGUUGAGAGUAGUUUACAAUGUGACAGGGUCGGCUCUUAAAUGGUUCAUGUCAUAUUUGGACAUCCGGUGCCAAUCAGAUAAUAUAAAUGGUAAUUUGUCAUCACCGAAAACACUGAAGUUUGGUGUACCGCAAGGAUCAGUGCUGGGUCCAAAGCUUUAUACUAUUUAUACUAAACCUCUUGGUGACCUGAUAAAGCGGCAUGGGCUAGAUUACCACUUCUAUGCCGAUGACACUCAACUUUAUAUUUUUCUGAAGAAAAAAGAUGUUGAUAACCAUGCUGUUGCUAUUAAACAGCUAGAAACAUGCCUCGAGGAUAUCAGAAAAUGGAUGGAUCUUAAUCUCUUGAAACAAAACAGUGAAAAAACAGAGGUCAUAUUCUUUGCUCCUAAAAACCAAUGCCAUGAUUAUGAUCUUAGCCUCAGCAUAGAUGGGGUAUCAAUUACUGAAUUAGUUCAGCCUCUACCGUUCGAAACCUCGGUGUUAUGUUUGACCGUUCCUUGUCUAUUGAAGCUCACAUUAACAGUGUUACAAGAUGUUGUUAUAUGCAAUUACGCAACGUGGGUAGAAUCCGUCGAUGCUUGAUAGAAGAUGCAUGUCGCUUUCUUGUGCAUGGUUUGGGUACAUCCAGGUUGGACUACUGUAAUUCGCUCUUUUAUGGUCUCCCAGAUGCAACCAUUGGCAGACUCCAACGUGUUCAGAAUAUGGCUGCCAGAAUAAUCACGCGUACCAAACACAGAUAACAUAUUACUCCGGUCUUGUAGCAGCUGCACUGGUUGCCGGUGAGGUUUCGUAUCAAAUACAAAAUUAUCCUUAUGAUUUUUCAAGCUUUUAACAACAUUGCACCUUCAUACUUGCGUGAUAUGAUAAGGUCCUAUAAACCAGCUCGGUCAUUAAGAUCGUCAGCUAAAACAAGACUUAUCGUCAAAAGGACCAAAACGAACAAUGGAGACCGAUCAUUUGGAGUCAGUGGACCAAGACUUUUUAAUGCGAUUCCAGAUGCCAUGAAGGACUUAGAGCGUGUUUCAACUUUCAGCCAAUCACUUAAAACCCAUUUGUUCUGCGAAGCCUUUAGUUGGUAGCUACAUAGACUUAUAUUCCGAAUGUGCCAUCUAUGUUUAGAGACUCAUUUUUUUAAUCGAUCUGUUUUUGCCACUAUCAAACUGUUUUAAAUCAAAAUAUUUGCUUCUAACUCCAUUGUAAAGUGCCUUGGAGCAUGCCUAGCUUGUACGAGGCACUGUAAUAUCCGGUAUUAAUUAUUAUUAUUAUUAUUAUUAUUAUUAGUAUUAUCAAGUCUACUUUAAAUGAAUGUGGACUUAGCUACCUUUGGAACAAUCCAGUCUUUAACCCAAAAUGGUGAAUAGUCCGUCGGCUGAAGUAAUUUAUAUGUUCAUGCGACUUUUCGGGAAGUUGAAACUUUCAGGAGUUGUCGGAAAGACCUUAGAAGUUAAAAACCACCUGUUGCCAAAUUUUUGUGACGUUAUAACGGCCGCGAUCUUCGAUUUUAAAAUGGCCGCCAAAAUACACUUUUUCGCCUGAGGCAACUCUCAAAUUGAGCCUGGAAGACCAAUUUAGGCAGAGUGUUUUAAGUGAAAUCAAUGAUCAUCCAAAAUGUGUUAUGUAUAGAGCUUCUUAUAUGUAUGAUGUACAAAAGUAUUUGUUAAAAUUACCUGAUUACUUUAAUAUUACUGUCACUGAGUGACUUUCGUCUCGGUAGAAACAAAUUCCCUUCUGUAGUUGAUAGGAAUAGGAAUUUAGAUUUUGAGGAUAGACACUGCAAUCUAUGUGAUAGAAACCGUGUGGGCGACGAGUUUCACUACCUCCUAGAAUGCCCAAUUAAAUUUCAAUAAAGCAAGGCUGAAAUAUAUUGGUAGAUACUAUUGUAAUAAUCCUAACAUAGAAAAAUUGUCAGGCGCUCUACGCGCGAACAACCAUGAGAAAUUGAUUAAACUAGCUUAAUUUUGUGGCCUCAUUAUAAGAAGUGUAUGAUAUAUUAAGCUUCCCCUUCAAGCUUCAAUUAUGAACUAUUAAUCAUCUUUCAUCAAACAUGUAAAUUAUCAUGAUUACUGUAUCUGGCUUUGUAUGUUCUCCGCCGUCACUGUGUGUACCAUUUAAUGUACUCUUGUACUUUUAUCAAGGUCAGAGUCAAUAAAAUUUCAUUUCCUUUAAUUAAUAUCGAAAACAAAAUGGCUCAUUAUCUCGUAAGAAGAAAAUAUCAAAUUUGCCCAGUAUGAAAUUGUUGCAAAUCAUCUGAUCUUCCUUCCGGGAAAUUUACAUGACGAUAGUGUUAAUAAUAUGCGAGCUACGAGCUAACGAGGUAAAAAAACAACAGAGCUCAUUAUCAUGUAAAUUAGUAACAUAACUGAAGGAAUCAAAUCCACAUGCACAAUGUCAGCGUAUCACCUAUCAUCCCUGAAAGUUGCAGUACUCUACUCCGCCAAGGGGUUAGUACAAUAUCAAAUCUGCCGAAUAAUUUGUAUACAACUUUUUUCGGAGAAUUUCAGUCAACCCCAGCAAAUUAGCAAAAUUUUAAAAUAUUUUUUUCAUCAAAUAAUUUAUUUAUAUCUGUAGACUUGCCACACCACUAGCUCUCGUACCUUUUGACAUUAACAUACAUGUACUAAAGUUUCAUCAAGUUCCAAUAAUGUAUGGCCUAUAGCUCUGCGCAGCUCCCAGCCUAUCACGGGUAGUCGCUACACUCCGGACACAGUGGCCCGGCCUCAUCCCUCACCCUGACCACGGCGACAAAUGGGGAGCAGUCUUGAAGUUAUAUACU